CGGCUCGGUCAUCUCUUGAGUCGGAAAUUGAGAAGGCGGAAGAUCGGUUGUCGGACGUUCGAUUGCGAAGGGGAAAUUUCCUUCUUUGGCGAUUUAGGGUUUUGAAUUGCUGCAGAAAUGAUCGUCCAAGGUACUCGAGUGCCGUUAAAGCGGUGGCAGCAGGCGGCGGUUGCGGUUGGAUCGGCGGUGGGUGCGUUGCUUGAUCCGCGGAGAGCGGAUUUGAUCGGAGCUCUUGGUGAAACCACGGGGAAGGCCGCCUUCGAAAGCGUUCUUGAGAGGAUGAAGAGGAGCCCAGAAGGGAGAGAAGUGCUAUCAGAGAGACCACGGGUAGUUUCGUCACAAGUAGGGCACGCGUGGGACCUACCAGAGAACACAUUCGGAGCAGCCUAUGCAAGAUUCAUGGGAUCAAGAAACUUCUUGCCAGAUGAUCGUCCGCCAGUGAGGUUCAUGGAGACAGAUGAACUGGCAUACGUAGCAACACGGGCUCGUGAGGUGCACGACUUUUGGCAUACCCUUUUCGGUCUGCACACAAACUUGAUUGGCGAAUCAGCGCUCAAGGUGAUAGAGUUCCGGCAGAUGUACCUGCCAAUGUGCCUGAUGUCUGUCGUGGGUGGAACAGUGAGGUUCAACGAGAAACAGAGGAGGCUGUUCUUUCAACACUACUUUCCUUGGGCCAACACUGCUGGAACGAAGUGCACGGAUCUCAUGUGUAUAUACUACGAGAAACACUUCAACGAAGACUUGGAGGAUGUGAGAAGGAAAUGGGGUAUAAUUCCUGCCCCUGCUGCUCCCUAAUUAGAAAAGCAUUUGGUGUUUGCUUUUGCUAGGUUUUAGACAGAGCAUGAUGAUAGUUGAAUGGAGAUUGUGAAUGUAGUGCUGUGUUUGUUUUUCGGCAUGUACUGAGGGAUACAAUCUCUAUAGAGGAGGAAAAGUUUUCAAGUUUUUUGCUUGAUGUGUUGAGUAAUUUACACCUCAAAUCGGACAUAGAAAAUGUCCUGUAGGUUUAUGCACAGUUAAGAAAGAAGUGUUUCAGGA